GUGCCGCCUCCUCUAUUUGCGUAGCGAAGGCUCCACCUUUCAAGCAUUGCAGUGACCUCAGCAGCAGUGGGCUGAAUUGAGCUGGGUGGGAUUUUCAGUCUCGUAUUCACGAUCUCGUAUCCAAGGAUCACGAUUUAACGGUGUAUGUGACGGAGCGAAUACGCAUUUAGCCGGCUGGCUCUGAACGGUGCAGGGUUUGUGUUCGUGUUUGCGUGCAUCUAACGAUAGGGAUCAAAUAAACGAGGAAUGUGGGAUUUACAGAAUGCCCAACAGCGUUGGAAAAAGAUUUAAACCCACCAAAUACAUCCCGGUGUCCACUGCCGCCUCUCUUCUGGUGGGAUCCACUACUUUAUUCUUCGUCUUCACGUGUCCGUGGUUAAGCAAGAACAUCUCACCUGCUGUGCUUCUGUACAAUGGCAUCGUCUUCCUCUUCGUGUUGGCCAACUUCAGCAUGGCCACCUUCAUGGACCCUGGAGUCUUUCCCCGAGCGGAUGAGGACGAAGACAAAGACGAUGACUUCCGAGCUCCGCUGUAUAAAAACGUGGAGAUAAAGGGGAUUCAGGUGCGGAUGAAGUGGUGUGCCACGUGCCACUUCUACAGACCUCCUCGCUGCUCACACUGCAGUGUGUGUGACAACUGUGUGGAGGAGUUUGACCACCACUGUCCAUGGGUGAACAACUGCAUUGGCCGGAGGAAUUACCGAUAUUUCUUCUUGUUCCUGCUGUCUCUGAGUGUUCACAUGGUGGGAGUGUUUUCCUUCGGUCUACUGUUCGUCUUACAUCACCUUGAGACGCUGAGUGCGCUUCACACGACUGUGACUCUUGUGGUUAUGUGUGUGACUGGCCUGUUUUUCAUCCCUGUUAUGGGCCUCACUGGGUUCCACAUGGUUCUGGUAGCCAGAGGACGAACCACAAACGAACAGGUGACAGGAAAGUUCAGAGGGGGGGUGAAUCCAUUCACUCGGGGUUGCUGUGGUAAUGUGAAGCACGUCUUAUGCAGUCCACUUGCUGCUAGGUACAUCACUGAUCCCAGGAAGAAACUUCCCAUCACUCUGAAUCCACCGUUCCUCCGUCCUGACCUCUCUCACCGACACGUCAGUGUAAAAGUCAGUGAUAAUGGCAUCCAUAGUAGCAUCCUCCGAAGCAAAUCUAAGACCAGUCUGGAUGGUGUGGAUGAUAAAAGUGUAGAUACACAACCUCCUCUACCGCCCAAAGCAGAUCGCUACAACCAGCUGAAGAGUCAGCUCACCUCCAGCGAAGAGAGUUCCCUGUCCGGCAAACCAACCAGUCCAUCUACCCCAGCCAUGUACAAAUACAGACCUUCCUUCGGCACCAUGCCUAAAGUGCACUAUCACGCCACCGGAGAGAAGAUCGUGAUGUCUGAGAACGGUAAGCCCUCUGCCGUUUUGGAGGAGCGAGGUCACGAUUACCGCUCCGAGCCGAAUCUGGAUAUGCCAGACUACCGCAGCGCUCCUCUUCACCGAACAUACCAGUCCUCGCCCUUCCAGCUGGACUCCUUCAGCACGACGUCUCGUUCAUUCAGUCUGAAGCAGGGCGUGAACGGGGCCGACCCGAUGCCACUGGGUGUCAGCAAACCAGAAACGGUCACAUCCACCCCUCACAAAGGAGUCUUCUCGCCUGGGACGUUAUCGGGCCGCAACGGCAGCCUAUCCUACGACAGCUUGCUGACCCACAGCAUAACGCCGUCUGUGGGCGAGUGCGCCACUCACCCAGGAGUGCCCUCUAUGGGUUUCCAUUCACCUUACCUGCCCACUAAAAUGUGCCAUGUACGAGGGCCCGAGCUUCAGCGGCACAUCGGCCCCCCAUCCUACAGUCCCGUGCACGUCGGAGUGAUGUACGGGCGGCAGUCGCCGCUCUCAAGAGACCGAGAUCCCUCGCCCGUCCGCUACGACAACCUCUCCAAAACCAUCAUGGCUUCCAUCCAGGAGAGGAAGGAGCUGGAGGAGAGGGAGAAACUCAUGCAUCGGCACGCUCAAGCGUACGCCAAUGAUUCGGGUGUAUUUGACACCUGCAGCGGAGCCGCCUACGGACUCCCACGAGGCACCGGAUCUCGAGAGCCCACUCCUCCAGUGUGCGGCUCUCGGGAUAACUUGAUGGGAGUCGGGGUGGUGGGAUACGCUCCCCGAACACCCGUUCUGCGUUCCUCUGCAUCCUCGCUCUCCAGAGCGCCGAGGACUUCCACGACGUCCCUCCACACCGAUGCAGGCGGUGUGAGCCGGACAGCCGAACGCCAGUAUCGCUCUCCGGUGCGCCAAACACACCACUCCCCAACAGCUGUGCCCCGUUCCCCGACAUACACACAUCAGAAGGUCACCUUCAUUAGCGCCCUGGAGAGGGCGGACUCGCCACAUCUUGGUACAAGAGAGGAACUCUGUCAAGGUAAAGUCAACGGGCAACUAAAGGGCCAAGCACGUGACUGCCAUCUAGGGACUCCUUCUGGAACCCCCAGCAGACACGCCAAUGUCAAAAAGGUCACAGGAGUGGGCGGGACUACAUAUGAGAUCUCCGUUUGAUGGACAGCUUGAAGAGCCACUGCCUGUGAGGAAAAGCACUGCCAUGGCAGCACCACCAUUUUUUUUUUUUUUUUUUUUAUAAUAUUGAAACGACCGAUCAGGAGGCACACAGUUCUAAUGGGAAAGGUUUUUGCAUUGGCCAUUUCUUUGCUAAAGAGAUGACAAGCAAUUUUUCAUGUGUGCACACAAAUCGCACACAACAGAAAAUAAUGGUUUAAUUACUUUAAAUAUAUAUAUAAAUACCGUUAAGGGCUGAAUAUGUACAGUGUCAGUUCUGUUGUCUGUAUAUAAACUAUCAAAGUUCGCAUAUUGAAUGCAAAUGUGCUCAGUGUGCAGGUCUUUCACACAUGAAUGUGAGUGUAUAUGUGCUUGCCAGUAACUCCUUUAUGUUUUCGUCACUAUGCUGAUCUAAUAAUCAGGGUUUCAUCUCAAAUGCAUUUCUCUGUUAAGCUAUCAGGUUCCACACAAACCAUAACAGCACUUGUGUAAAAAAACAAAAAACAAAGCAGAUUUAUUUUUUAAAUAUGGUGGUCAUUUACACUUUUUCUAAUGUAGAACUAUAAGCUGCCAUAGAAAUGUGUGUAUCUGCAAGAAAAAAUAAAGAAAGAAAAGAAAAUGGGGGACAAAAAUACUGAUACUGGCUGUUAUCAUCAGUUUGUUAAAAUGUUCUUUCAAACUUAGUUUUCUUUAUAAAAAAUAAAGUAUUUUAUAGUGGGGGAAAAAAUAUGAAUAUGGAAACAGAAACACACCGUGUAUUAGCAGUACUAGAAACAUGUUAAAGCCAUAUUUUUACUUAAAGUCAUGAUCACAAAUUCAGAGUUGUUUGACUGCUUUAUAUUUCCAUUUAUUUGUAAUAGAUUAGAAAAGCAUAACAAGGUUAAUUCAUGGCUGCAUCCCAAAUAUUGUUAUUUCUUUUUUAUUUUGUAAUGUCUUUUUUUUAACCCAACUUGGUGUAUUUAACUUUUUCUACAGAUAUUCAAAUGGGAUUUUCAAAUAUUUUUCAGUUUCAUUUUUGCAUAUUUUAUAAUUUAUUUGUACAAAUUAAUUAGUAUGCAUUGCCAUUUUAAAGUAGUACUUUCUGUUAAGACUUUUUUUUUCUCAGUGAAUGAAUGUUGAAAGAUGAAGAUGUUAUUAUAGAACGUUUUGUGAAACUGCAAGAAAGUUGAAGUGAAAGAUGCUUUGUUUUUUGAAUGCAGGAUCCAUUUGAGAGACAUAACACUUUUUUAUUUUCUACUUCCGUUAAAGUUUAGGGACAGUAAGACUUAUUUUAAGAAAUUAUCAAAAUUUGAAUUACAAAAAUACUAUAUCAUUUCUAUUUCUUUUUAAACUCUUUUUGUUCAAAGCUUCUUUAAACUGUAAUAAUAUUUGUCAAUAAACCUGUUUUACUGUAGUUUAGAACAAAUACAAACAAAGCCUUGGUGAGCAUAAGAGACUUCUUUGAAAGACCUGAAAAUCUUACAAGCCACAAGCUUUUGAACAGUAGUGUAUCAAAGUCAGUAACUUCUUUUCAUUCAGUUUGAUUGAGGAAGUUUAAAAAGCCUCACUUUCCCUUCUCACUUUCAAAAGUAGCUUUUUGAUUAUACAGCAAGUACAAAUAAAUAUCGCUUGGUAAAUAUUACUUUUUUUUUUUAUUUGGAAAUUUUCACUGCUAGUGCAAGACAUGCCGAUUAAAAAAAAAUAAAAUGGCAUGCUUUUAUGAGGUUAACAGCUGAGAAGUAAUCUGUAAUUAUUAUUUUCUCAAUAAAAGGUAAAAGUGGCAUAAACCCACCCGUUAACAGAAAAACUUCCCACCGUGGCCUGUUUCCGAAUUAAAGAUCUAACAAUUUAUACUGACAUAUUUGACGGUGAUCUUCUAGGUGUCUUGCACCGCAUGUGGAGUUCUCUGCUGCUCAUCAGAUGACUUUCCAAGGAAUUCAUAUUGAUUUCCUCACAGAUCUGCCUUAGGGGUAUAACGGACUACAUGCACUUGAGUACAAAUGUUAUUUUGGUGCAUUUGAAAAGGGUCAUUACCAUACUUUUCCCAAGUCAAACAGCUUCUUGAAAUUGUAAAUAAUUAAUGUGGUCAUGGAAAGGCCUUUACGGAUUGCUAGGCUCCAUUUCUGUGAAUGUUUGACGGUGUUUGGUCAUCUCUGUCCUUCACUGAUGCUGUCUGGCACAGCGUCGCCUUCUGUUCAGAUGAAAUCAGUGUACAGCUAAAACAAAAAAGAACAACUAUGGGACUCUUUUUCUGUGAUGAAGUAUUUCAUUCAGAUGAAAUAAAGACAUUAUAGUUUCAUAUCAAGGUACAUCUAUUAUUUUUGUCCAUCAAAGGGGAAAACUGAAUAAAUAUAACUUGAACGUU